UGGCAUAGUGGGCCCCCAUUUACCCCCGCCCUGCUAGCUUUCGUCACCAACCCUCGGCCUCAAGUUUGGGAUGUGGAUAAUUUGAUCAGGCAUGCGCUGUGUUGUUUUUUGGUUCCAGGGAACCUUCUCAGGCAAUAGUGCCAGCAAUCUCUUCUUGAUUCUGUUCCGUCGGGUUGCUCACAAGACGAGCAGAAUCAAGCUGUCAGGAGUGGGUGAUGUCAGGAGAUUGGUUCCUAUGAAAGUGCCUACUCUUAGAAGUAUCCUCCGCUGUGUUGAAGCAUUCCCCACGGCACCCCAUGGCUCCCGGCAGCUUGUUUUGGUAGAUUAUGGUGAGAGAGAUGGUGAGAGAUUGAUAGUGAUUCAACAGUGUUGUUGGGCUCCGAAGAGUCAGAACACGAAGGAGAUUGUGAAGAUGGACAACUAAAGUAGCUCUUAACAGUGCUUAUAACAUUUGAAGUCGUGCUAUGGCGUUUGUUAGUUGGGCCAUUUCCAGACGGACAUGGCAAGAGUUGGCACCAAAAACUUUGCAAUUUUUUAAUGCUCGCAGAUGCACAUCCAGUGGGCCCAUCCAACAAUGUGGAGUCGAAAACUGCUGGCAGGUCAGUUCCUAUGGCCGGGUGUGCAACAGCAGAAGAGAAGUAUCAUAUGGAUGCUUACAGCCAUCAGGCUACCACACCGUCAUGAUAUCAGGCAAUUUCUUUUUGGUCCAUCGCUUGGUGGCCUUGGCUUUUCUCGGUCUUCCACCUGACGGCUCGACAUGGCAGGUGCAUCACCGUGAUGGCGACAAGGCUAACAAUUCUUUGGACAACUUGGAAUAUGUGUCGCCCAGCCAGAACAUCAUUGCCUCUUAUGCCAGCCAAACUAGACGUUGUGGCGGGGCUCGGCGGUCCAUACCUGUGUUGUGGAGAGCUGGUGGGUCCCGAACUUGGACCACUUCCCCCUCAAUGAAAGAAGCAGCAGCAGAGCUUGGCAUGAGCCGGCAUUCAGUUGCGAGAGGGUGCCAUGGUGGCAAAGCAGUGAAAGGCUAUGAGAUUCAACUUGCGGACAGUCAUGAGACAGGAGCACUGGACGGAGAGGACUGGCAACAAAUGUAUGAUCCUGUGUCAGGCCUGAAGGUGCCUGGGCGGAUGGUGA